AUGGAGCGCCUCAGGAAUAUCCUUGGCCCCGGCGGCCUCGGUGGCCUUGGAGGCCAACCUGGUGCUGAUAACGCCAGCCUGAUUGACAACUCCGAGACCGUUUACAUUUCCUCCCUUGCUCUACUUAAGAUGCUUCGCCACGGUCGCGCGGGUGUGCCUAUGGAAGUUAUGGGUCUGAUGCUCGGAGAGUUCGUCGACGAUUUCACUGUAAGAGUAGUGGAUGUGUUCGCUAUGCCUCAGAGCGGUACGGGCGUUAGUGUCGAGGCCGUCGACCCAGUCUUUCAGAUGAAGAUGAUGGACAUGCUCCGGCAAACGGGAAGGCCCGAGUCCGUCGUUGGCUGGUACCAUUCCCAUCCUGGUUUCGGCUGCUGGCUAUCAUCCGUUGAUAUCCAGACCCAGCAGUCCUUCGAACAGCUCACACCCCGCGCCGUCGCCGUCGUCGUCGACCCCAUUCAGUCCGUCAAGGGAAAGGUCGUCAUCGAUGCCUUCCGCCUUAUCAACCCCCAGUCCCUGAUGCUCGGACAAGAACCCCGACAAAGUACCAGUAACCUGGGCCACCUCAACAAGCCUUCGAUCCAAGCCCUUAUCCACGGUUUGAACCGACACUACUACUCUAUCGCCAUCAAUUACAGAAAGACCGCGUUGGAGGAGAACAUGUUGAUGAACCUACACAAGCACGUCUGGACAGAGGCCCUGACCAUGGAGGACUUCCACGCCGAAGGCACUCGCAACAAGGAGAGGUUGGAGAGGCUCGUCAGCCUCGCGGACGGAUACGAGAAGCGAGUCAAGGAGGAGACCGAGCUGACGAAGGAGCAACUCAAGACCCGAUACGUCGGAAAACUAGACCCGAAGAAGCAUUUGGCGGAUGUUGGUCAGCAACUUAUCGAGGACAACAUUGUAUCGGUGUCAAGACAAAUGAUUGACAAGGAGUCGACGAUGCCAGGGAAGAGGGAUGCGCCCGCGUCGGGCCAGAAUGGGCAGGCCAGCAAUGACCUCAUGGAUGUGGAGGAGGAGUUAUGA